AUGGCGAAGCUUGUCCAGGCGUUGCUCUUUUCGCUGGCGGUCCUGCUGCUCACCGGCUGGACCACAGCCAAAACAGUCACGUACGACUUCAAUGUCAGCUGGGUCACGGCCAAUCCUGAUGGCCUGGCCGAGAGAAAAGUUAUUGGCAUCAAUGGACAAUGGCCGCUGCCUGUCAUCGAGGUCGACAAGGGCGACCGACUCGUGGUCAACAUGUUCAAUGGCCUGGGCGACAAAAACACCAGCAUCCACUUCCACGGCAUGUUCCAAACCAACACAAGCAACAUGGAUGGUCCGUCGAUGGUGACCCAGUGUCCCAUUCCUCCAGGGUACAGCUUCACGUACAACUUCACCGUGAACCAGAACGGCACCUACUGGUACCACUGCCAUACCGACUUCUGCUAUCCCGACGGCUACCGGCAGGCCUUGAUCGUCCACGACAACGAUGCGUUCUUCAAUGAAGACUACGACGAGGAAUUCACCAUCACCAUCAGCGACUGGUAUCACGAAUUUGUGGAGGACAUCCGUUUUCUGUCGCUCUACAACCCCACCGGCGCCGAACCCGUGCCCAAAUCGUUCCUGUUCAACGACACGCAAAACUCCAGCCUACCCGUCAAGCCCGACACGACGUAUCUGAUCCGGCUGAUCAAUAUCGGGGCCUUUGUGGGACAGUUCUUCUACAUUGAAGAUCACAGCUUCAAGAUUGUCGAGAUAGACGGUGUAUACACCGAGCCAACCGAAGCCGAGACCCUGUACAUCGCUGUUGCCCAGCGGUACAGCAUCCUUCUCACGACCAAAAACACCACAGACAAGAACUACCCGAUCGUCACGGUGGCGGACUCGGACCUGCUCGAUGUCAUCUCGCCCGAUCUCAAACUCAACAACACGAACUGGCUACAAUACAAUGCCGACGCCGCUCAUCCAGAGGCUGUCAUGAAGGUGGAGGCCUCGUCAGAUCUCGUCCCCUUCGACGACAUCACGCUCGUCCCGUACGAUCACAUGGAGCUGCUGCCAGAGCCAGACUUCGAGAUCAACGUGACGGUCAUUAUGGACAAUCUCCGCAACGGGUUCGGGUAUGCCUUCCUGAACGACAUUACCUUCACCGCGCCCAAGGUGCCCACGCUGUACACGGUGCUGUCGUCGGGCGGACUAGCCACCAACCAGGAGGUGUACGGCGAAUACACGCACCCGAUGGUGCUCAAGCACAACGACGUGGUGCAGCUGGUGCUCAACAACGCCGACAGCGGCUCGCACCCGUUCCACCUGCACGGGCACAACUUCCAGGUCAUCGACCGGGCCCCCAGCUACGGCGAGCACUUCUACGACUACCUCGACGGCGACCCAGUGCCGUACGACCCGAACAACCACUCCGCCUUCCCAGCCUUCCCGGCACGCCGCGACACCUUCGUCCUCCCACCCCAAGGAUACUACGUAAUCCGCUUCGUGGCCGACAACCCGGGAGUGUGGAUGUUCCACUGCCACAUCGACUGGCAUUUGUCGCAGGGCCUGGCCAUGGUGCUGAUCGAGGCGCCGUUGGAGAUCCAGAAGACCCACCACGUCCCGCAGCAACAUUACGACGUGUGCCGCGCCGCGGGUGUGCCGUUCGAGGGCAACGCCGCCGCCGACUCUCAGGACCUGCUCGACCUCGCCGGCCAGAACACCCAGGUGGGCCCCUUGCCCGCCGGCUUCACCGCGCGCGGCAUCGUCGCGCUCGUGUUUUCGUGUAUCAGCGCUUUCCUCGGCAUGGCCUUUAUUACCGUCUACGGUCUGUCCGAGCCGAAGGUUAUUCAGAGGGAUCUUGAUCCGGUCGAUGACGACGCGCUACAUGAGGAUGUGGCGGGCUCGAGCAUCGAGCCAAAGGCGGCCUCGCCGGCGGCUCAAGGCUAG